AGUUUUGACCAAAAUUGUCGUGAUGUCAUCUACUGUGCGAACAAAAGUGACACAAUAACAAGUUAAACAGCAACAACAAAAAGUUCGGAUAAUCAUGUUGUCAAUUGCACCGGCCCGGAAAAUCGGAAAACGUUUUCAUUGGCUGGCAUUCCUAUUGUUCUGAGCCACUUUAUUUACUUGUUUUUAAAACGUGUUUACGCCACACUCGCAGCAGCAAGGAUUACGUAUGUCGCAAAGCAGCAACUGUGUAUGAAAGAUACAAGGCAACAAUGAGCCUCUUUCGUACGACGUUUCCAUUUGUAUCGCGGGAGCUUCUCAACUGGUUUCCUGGUCACAUGGGAAAGGGCAUGAAACAAAUGCAACAGAAAUUGAAGCAGAUAGACUGCGUUAUAGAGGUUCAUGAUGCUCGAAUCCCGCUCACUGGUCGGAAUACGGAAUUCAAACACACUAUCAGCGGCAUUAAGCCCCAUAUCUUGGUUCUCAACAAGAGUGACUUGAUUGAAAAGCACUUUGAAGGCAAAAUAAUCGAACGCCUACAGCAAGAGAAUCAAGAUACGAUGCACGUGUUGUUUACCAAUUGUAAAAACCAAAGCUGCCGAGGGCUUCGAAAGUUGAUGCCACUGGCGCAAACCUUGAUUAAUAGCUCUGAUCGCUUUAAUCGGUCAAGUCAGCGAGAGUUUUGCAUAAUGAUAAUUGGCGUGCCGAAUGUUGGGAAAUCCUCACUAAUAAAUGUGCUACGUAAUCGUCAUCUAAACAAAAAAGGAGCGAGUCAGGUGGGAGCUGUUGCAGGCGUUACGAGAAGUGUACUGAAUCGUAUCAAAAUUUGUGAAGAUCCAGCUAUUUACCUACUGGACACUCCUGGCAUUCUCGAACCAAAUAUCGCCGACACUGAAACAGGUCUUCGUCUAGCAUUGGUCUCAUGCUUGCAGGACCAUCUCGUGGGCGAAGAACUUAUUGCCGAUUAUCUACUCUUCCUGCUAAACAAGCAGCGCAAUUUUCGCUACGUCGAGAUAAUGGGUUUGCCUGAACCAACGGAUUCGAUAGCCUCCGCGUUAGUAGCCAGUGCGGUGCAUUUGAAUAAAAUGAUUCGCACGAAGCAGCUAGAUGGCACAAGCGUGCUGCGUCCCGACGUCAAUAUGGCAGCAAAACUGAUGCUAAAAUCCUUUCGCACUGGGGCUUUUGGCAAUAUUCUUUUAGACGAAGAUAAAAUCAUGCAUUCUAACAAUAAUAUUAGAUUAAAAAAUAUAUGACCAGAUUCCGGUUCGCCUGCCGGAGCUCUGCUCGAAAUAUCUCUAACAUAAAGUGCAAUAUUUGGCCAAGAAGCCAAAAUUGUCAUAGUCGUUCGAUAGUAUGCCGAUAGGCUCUACGAUAACUGAAUACAGAGAGUAAACAAAUAAAUCCAAAAUAAUUUUCUCCUGAAAAA